UUAGAAAAAAGACGCGUUUUUAAACAUGUAAACAUCUAGUCUUUCGUGCAAAGGAAUUCAGUUUAUUCGAUAUUCCUUCAUGCAAACAAAUGUACCGAAAUAAUUUCAGUUGAUAUUUUCUUGUUUUUACAAAUAUUUUUAAAUACUCGUAGAUAAGUUUUACUAGAACACUUCGCAUCGUGAAUUUUAAAAACUGUUGUCCGAUUUUUAUUUAUAUUUUCGAAAUAAUUUGCCAAAGCUGAGAUAUUUAAAUUUGAUAGCUGUGUUAAUUGCGUUGAAAUCAUGAUCCAAAUGAAAUCUGUUAUCUGGACGUGUAUUCACAUAUUCGUAUUGAGCAUCGUAGUCUCGAGUAAAGCAGAAGGAGAACUGAGUAAAACCUUAAAUCAGCCAACCACAAAUACCAGCGGAGACAUCAAAACAAAAAUUAAUCAGAACUCUGCAAACAAUCCAACAGCGCCGAGCAGCUCCAAAGAUGCUGUAUCUGUAGCCCUGCAAACAAUAUCAUUUACAGAAUGUGAAGAAUACGCUAAUUAUCGAUACGUCAAAAAAUUGCAACCGCCAAUGGCUGGAAAUCCAGCACAAUCAUUCAACACAAUAGACUGCGCGAAUGUAGAACCUCUAAUCGUCGGAGGAAUACAAGCGAAACCUAAAGAAUACCCACACAUGGCUCUGAUCGGUUCUGGAAGCAGUUUCGAAAACGUUUCAUGGAAUUGUGGCGGCUCAUUGAUAAGUGAAAAAUUCGUUCUGAGUUCAGCACAAUGCGGCCAAAAUAUUCCUUCACUUGGACAAGCACAAUGGAUUUUAUUAGGAGAUCUGGACAGAAAUUCGAAAACAGACGACGCCAAGCCAGCUGUUUAUAAAAUAAAAAAAGUCCACCAACAUCCAAAUUUUACAUCAAAGUCAAUGUUAUACGAUAUUGCUCUUUUCGAAUUGAAUACCACUGUUGAAAUGAGUCCAUAUGUGAGACCAGCUUGUCUAUAUACAUCCACCUCUGUUCCGGUAAAUACUACAGGAAAGAUUACUGGAUGGGGAAGAACAGGUGUAGUCGACAGAAAAAGCAGCGAUCAUUUGUUAAAAGCCAGCAUUUCGUUCCUGGAUGAUAAAAAAUGCGUUGAAAAGUAUCCAAAUGAUAGUCCAAGAAAUCAACGAGUUGCUUACGACCCUAAUUCUAUGAUAUGUGCUGGAGAGUUUGUCCAUGGCGCGGAUACAUGCGCGGGUGACUCCGGAGGUCCACUACAAAAACCGGUGGAUAAGCAAGUAUGCAUGUGGAAUAUAUUAGGAAUCACAUCUUUUGGAUCGUCAUUUUGUGGAGAUAAGAAAACACCAGCAGUCUAUACCAAAGUUGCAUUUUACCUCGAAUGGAUUAAAAAUAUCGUGUGGACCUGAAAGAUGCUACAAUCUUAUCUUAUUAUUAAUACUACAAAAAAUUAUCUUUAAGAAAUUCGAAAUACAUUCGACCUUGUAUUAUCACUGUAUAAUAAAGCAUACAUUUUUAUCGUA